UCAUUUCAAAUAGUAUUGUCAGACACGUUAUGAAUACGGAUAAUGAAAUCGGACGACCAGAAGGAAAGGAAAUUGAAGGUGCCACAUUACUCCAGGAUUGAAAAACAAGAAAGUUUUGUGCCAACUGCCCCACAUAUCUCCUCGUCGACGACCCGGCAAAGUGCUUGGCUCAGGAAAUCUACUGUAAUAAGAGAUGCAAGUGCAACUGGGCCUAGAGACACGAUGAGAAAAUCAAGACUGGGCAAGUUAAGCAGUCGUGCCCGAAUGGUUCUGGGUAGCAUCGUUGACAUAAAAGCGAACAUUUUUGGGGAUACCCACGACAAAAAGGUCGCCAGGUACAUGAAUACAUACAGAUUAGAGCCCGAUAACCCUUUUAACCCAGAGAAAGUGGACAAAAUCCUGAGAGAAGUUUUAACAGAGGCUUUGGAAAAUUUGACCUAUGAUCCGGAAAAAUGCGUUGCACAAGCAAAGUGGGCAUCGAUGGCUAUAAGGUCCAAGGUUAAGGCAUUGGAUUUUGACAGGUAUAAAUUAGUAUGCAUUGCGACAAUCGGAGAAAAAAUUUCGCAGGAUGUUUACACGACCUGCAGAUUUUUGUGGGACGCAGAGAAAGACAGCGGGAAAGUUCCAGUCGAAAUUAAGUCCGUCGAAUCCCAGUUCGUCCAGGAAAUGUAAAGCCGAGUUUACGAAUACCGCUCGUUUGGAAGAUUGCGCAGCAACUUCUGAAUAGUUCUGAGAUCCUGCAUU